GUGUCUUCCUCGGCGUUCGGGCAGGCGGCGGCCCGAGCAGUAACCUGCAGCCCCGGCGCUGAGCGUGAGCGUGAGCCAUCCGGCGCUUCCUCUCCUUGGCCCUCGCCCGGCUGCAGAUAUAUUGAAAGCAACAUGUCCAAAAAAAUCAAUGGCGGUUCUGUGGUGGAAAUGCAAGGAGAUGAGAUGACUCGAGUCAUUUGGGAACUGAUUAAGGAAAAACUCAUUUUGCCAUAUGUGAAUUUGGAUCUACACAGCUAUGACUUAGGGAUAGAGAAUCGGGAUGCAACAGAUGACCAGGUCACCGUUGACGCUGCAGAAGCUAUUAAGAAAUAUAAUGUGGGCAUCAAGUGUGCUACCAUUACCCCUGAUGAGAAGAGAGUUGAGGAAUUCAAAUUGAAGAAAAUGUGGAAAUCGCCAAAUGGGACUAUCCGAAAUAUCCUGGGUGGUACAGUUUUCAGGGAAGCAAUCAUCUGCAAAAACAUCCCCCGGCUUGUGAAUGGCUGGGUCAAACCAAUCGUCAUAGGCCGUCAUGCUUACGGGGAUCAAUACAGAGCAACUGACUUUGUAGUUCCUGGGCCUGGAAAAGUGGAGAUAACCUAUACACCAAGUGAUGGGGGCAAAACAGUGGCAUACUUGGUCCAUAAUUUUGAAGAUUGUGGUGGUGUUGCUAUGGGAAUGUACAAUCUUGACCAGUCAAUCAAGGAUUUUGCACACAGUUCCUUCCAAGUGGCUCUGUCUAAAGGCUGGCCUCUGUACAUGAGUACCAAAAACACUAUUCUGAAGAAAUAUGAUGGGCGUUUUAAAGACAUCUUUCAGGAAAUAUAUGACAAGCAAUACAAACCCCAGUUUGAAGCCAAGAAGAUAUGGUAUGAACAUAGACUCAUUGAUGACAUGGUAGCCCAAGCUCUGAAAUCAGAGGGAGGCUUUGUCUGGGCCUGUAAGAAUUACGAUGGUGAUGUGCAGUCUGACUCUGUUGCUCAAGGCUAUGGGUCUCUGGGAAUGAUGACUAGUGUGCUGAUCUGCCCGGACGGCAAGACGGUGGAAUCAGAAGCUGCGCAUGGUACGGUAACACGUCACUACCGCAUGCACCAGAAAGGUCAAGAGACAUCCACCAAUCCAAUUGCCUCCAUCUUUGCCUGGACCAGAGGAUUAGCUCACCGAGCUAAACUGGAUGACAAUGCAGAGCUCAGUACAUUUGCAACAAUUUUGGAAGAAGUUUGUGUUGAGACCAUUGAGUCUGGCUUCAUGACCAAGGACUUAGCCGCCUGUAUUAAAGGUUUACCCAAUGUGAAGCGAUCUGACUACCUGAAUACAUUUGAGUUUAUGGACAAACUUGGAGAAAACUUGAAGGCCAAACUAUCUCAGGCUAAACUUUAAUACCGCAUCUCUGCUCAACAAAGAGGCUGCCCCCCAUGGGGUAACUAGUUUCUUUGGUUUACAGUUUUUCUGUAUGACACUUAAGUUUUAAAUGAAAUCAAUUUCAUCAUUUCUCUAGAUGACAAGUUAUCUUUUCUAUGAGUUUACAAACUUUUUUAUAUGGCUCCUUCCAGUUUACCCACCACAUUUAAUGUGACAGGAGACCUUUUUUAUAUAGCAGCCAAGAAAUUACUUUCUUACCGAUUUUUUUGUUGUUAUUAUCCUCACUGUCAUUUUUCCUUGUCCCCAGAAGUAGAUGACCAAAAUCAGGAGUAUUUCAUACGAAAGGAGAAAUGUGGCAGCCAUGGUACUAUGUUGUAAAAUCAGUUAUAAAUAAGACCCAAAGUUCCUCCCUUCCUGGCCUGUUUGUGGACCAGGUCACUGAAUGGUUCUGGUGUUAGCAUAUAUUGCAUCAUGUGAAAAGUAGACUUGACAAAGUGAAUUUCUAUAUGAAUCAGGAAUGAAAGCAUGACUGUAAGGUAGACAUGUUAAGAAGCUUCUUUAAAGAGCUUUUGUUGAAUGUUUAGAGAUGUAAUUUUUUUUUAAACAGGGCCCACAUGAGUUAGUAUUUUAGAACAAUGGUGACUUGCAGAUUGCCCUCCUUUCCUUAUGUGGUGCAAUAAGUAUUAUGCUACCAAAAAAUGGCAUAUUUCACCCAGGUGCAAUAAAACAAGCUGCUUUUUUGGACCCCUGCAGGCCUGUUUAUUUCUUUUGUAUAACUAUGGAUGUUUUAGAAUUAUUGUUAAACACUAAUUUCACCCUGGUCUUUGUCUGAACUGUAAUGUAAUUUUGAAUUAAAAUUUAAGUCCUAGUAA